GACUCGGCACACCAACGGCAAGGCUCAGAGAUGCUGUGAGCGCGAGACCACAGCAUCUUUCAGUCACACGAUCCGGAAAAAAAAGCACGCAUCUCCGUCAAAGCCCGUAUCCGCACACACCGCACCAUCCUCCUACUCUCCGGACUUGACUGACAUUACCUAACCCCAAAGCUCUCGAGGCGACGUUCAUGCAAGAGCUAAGGAGCGCUUCAGACGCAGCAUUUUUUGUUUUGCCUCCUUUUCUUUCUCAUUAUUUAUUCGACACAUUUCUUGUCUAAUUCAUUUUUUUUCCGGGACUAACCAUCCUUUCUCCUAUCCAUGAGGAGAGCACCAUUACAGAAGAGAAAGAAAAGCUUAAGUUAUAAGAGGGAAUAAGAGCUCACCAUUUCCACCGGACAGCCUGCCAGAACAACAUCCUACUCCCUGAAUGUUAAUGUGAAUCCUUAAGUCGCGCAUCGUUUUGCAAGCAGGGCUCAGUGUGCUCUUGUGCCGUGUUUCGGAAGGAACUUAUAGCGCGUUUGUAACGAAGCACACGAUUCAAAUCAGCGCACCCGCAGCUCAAACCUUUGCUUUUAUCCCAGUCUCAGAUUUGGCGAUCAGGAUCGGUUUCGACACGCUUCGUGCGACGGAGAAAAGCGGCGGAGUAUCGGCGUCCGUGAGAAAAUGAUGGCCGGCGGGGCAGUGCAGCAAAACGGCAUUUUCUCUAAUCCGCACCACCACAAUCAGCAGCCGCACAUGGAGUCGGACCCGCCGGACUCCCGCAAGAGACCGCUGGAGACGCCGACCGAAGCGAGCAGCACCAAGCGCACCAACACGGGGGAAGAAGGCGAGUACUUCUUGAAGGUGCUGAUUCCCAGCUAUGCUGCAGGCUCUAUUAUUGGCAAGGGAGGCCAGACCAUUGUGCAGCUACAGAAAGAGACAGGUGCCACCAUCAAGCUGUCCAAAUCCAAAGACUUUUACCCAGGAACGACUGAGCGAGUGUGUUUGAUCCAGGGUACUGUGGAGGCUCUUAACAGUGUCCAUGAUUUCAUAGCUGAGAAGGUCCGGGAGAUGCCUCAGAGUGCCGCCAAAACAGAGCCAGUCAGCAUACUUCAGCCACAGACCACGGUCAACCCAGACCGCAUCAAACAGGCCAAGCUGAUUGUGCCCAACAGCACAGCAGGGCUGAUCAUCGGUAAAGGUGGUGCUACAGUGAAGGCAGUUAUGGAGCAGUCAGGUGCAUGGGUGCAACUUUCUCAGAAACCAGAGGGUAUCAACCUGCAAGAGCGUGUUGUCACCAUCAGUGGGGAACCUGAGCAGAACCGCAAGGCUGUUGAGAUAAUAGUACAGAAAAUCCAGGAGGAUCCACAGAGCAGCAGCUGCCUUAACAUCAGCUACUCCAAUGUCACAGGCCCUGUGGCCAACUCCAACCCAACAGGCUCACCGUAUGCUAACUCGGCAGAGGUGAUGCCCGCUGCAGCUGCUGCGGCUGCCGCCACAGCCUCCAGCCUCUUGGGGCAGGCCAGUCUGGCAGGGGUGGGUGCCUUUCCCGCCGCUGCCAUGUCAAGUUUCUCAGGAAAUGACCUCCUGGCCAUCACGUCAGCUCUUAACACAUUGGCUAGCUAUGGAUAUAACACCAAUUCCCUGGGUCUUGGGCUCAAUCCGGCUGCUGCCUCAGGGGUCCUAGCAGCUGUGGCAGCCAGUGCAAACCCUGCAGCUGCCGCAGCAGCCAACCUGCUGGCCUCCUAUGCCAACGACGCUUCCACCAGUACCGGCCACCCUGCCACCGGCCUGGGAGGAUUUACUUUGGGCUCGCUGGCCGCUGCCACUGGGGCUACCAAUGGGUACCUGAGCGCGGCUUCCCCACUAGUAGCGAGUUCAUUAUUGGCCACCGAGAAGCUGGCUGAGGGUGCAAAGGAUGUAGUGGAGAUCGCCGUACCUGAGAACUUGGUGGGAGCUAUCUUGGGCAAAGGUGGCAAAACACUUGUGGAGUACCAGGAACUGACGGGAGCCCGAAUCCAGAUCUCGAAAAAGGGAGAAUUUGUUCCUGGCACUAGGAACCGAAAAGUCACCAUCACAGGAUCACCUGCUGCAACACAGGCAGCCCAGUAUCUCAUCAGCCAGCGAAUCACAUACGAGCAGGGUGUGAGGGCCACCAAUCCGCAGAAGGUGGGCUAAAACAGGGAGAAAGAAGGAGUGGGGGAUGGAUGGAAAGAUACAGAGAAAGAGAAAGGAGGGCAAAAGUUUCGAAGGAAAUCAUCCACUAUGUGCUACUUGCAUAUUUCAGUAUUAAAAAAAGAAGGAAAAUAGUCCACCUUGCAAGAAAUGGAAUGAGUAAAAAUAUGAAAACCAAGAAAAAACAUGUAAAAUGUAUAUAUGGGGUUAUUUCUUAAGUUUUCAUCUUUCAGGAUUUUUUAUUGGUUGAAAAUUUGGUUUAGCUUUUUUCAGUUUUUCUUUUUGAGUUUAUUUUUUCUGGACAGUGGUGAAUGGUAUUUCAGACUGGCAUGCUUGCUGCAGCUCCCAGCAGGUGGUGGGGUUGAGGGAGAACAGGGUGGAGCAGUUGGACUUAAGCCUACCUGGAAUCAGCCCUGUACCCAUUGCCAGUCCCUUUCUAGCUGACAAGAAUAUUAUUAUUAUUAUUUUAUUUUUUACUCCUCAGUUUAAUUGCCUACCCCUAUGUCCUUGUAUGUGGGCCUGAUGCGAUGGCAAACAAGUGCUUGGGUUUUAGACUUAGGGCAGUUUCCCCUAUGUGGUUAGUGGUACAUGCCACCUCACCCAUUGUCCAAGUCCUCAAAAGUCCCAACCAGCUCAGCCAGCCCGAUCCCUGCAGGGCAGGCUGGGAUUGUGGCAGUGAGGGGAAGCUGAUUAGGGUCUCUCCUUCUAGCUACUAGCUAAAAACCUGGGGUUCUCUUUAAACCAGGUGCAUGCCAUGCAAUGCUAUUACAGAUUUAGCUAGCAUAAGGGACGUUUAUAGAUCUGGUUGGGGACACAGGCCAAGCAUAAUGCACCUACUUGGGUCAAGUUAGUACCAGAGCAAACAGACAAUGUGGCGAUAUGCGCCUGGUAUUAAUCAAAAUACUAUUAUUAGUAGUAGUAGUUCUACUCUUAUUACAAAAAUCCUCACCAUUGAUAUUAUUUAUUAAUAUAAUUUCACCCACGAGGACUGAGGUGUUUUCAUUUUUUUUUUUUAAUUAAUCUGUGAAUUCAGGUUGACAUGAAUGUAAAGACAAUAUUUUGGAUUUAGUUUUUUAUUUAAGUGAAUUGAAUAGUAUGUCACAGUGUAAUAUAUGUCUUAUUUAAAGUCCAGUGACAACUGCACCGUCGGCACCAUCAGAGAGAAUAGCAGCAGGUAUAAUGUACUGUACGUUAAAAUUAAUACAUGGAACACACACAUGCACACACACACUCACAUAGGCACAUACAUUAAAAGGGAACCACGUCUGACUUAAGGGUAGACAAAUCAGUGAAACUAGACAAUUCACAUAUGUUUAUGUCUAAUUAUAAAUUAGAAAUAUUGCACAAGUUGAAGGGAGUGUAACGAUAACAAGAACAAACUUAUUAAUGAGAUCAAAACCCUUAUGUCUUGAAACCCCAUAGAACUUUCAAAAAUGUCCUCUUUUCAUUAUUAGAAAAUGUGAUGCAAUUAUAUAUUUAAUUUCAGUGAGCUAAGUGACGACAUCUGCUCAAGUCAUUUGUCACUGGCUAUGGACAAAUUGUGUAGCUGUAUCAUAUAUCAAACAGAAAUAUGUCUGUUUGUGGACAUAUACUACUGAACAACUACAAACAUGAACAAGACUUUAGUUCUGAUGAGCACAGGGAUGCUUUUUAUUAAACCAUUCAUGCCUAUUUUUUCAUCGUGGCAAGGAGAUGAACAAACAGAAAGAUUUUUUCAGUCAUUUCAUUCAACUUGCUUAUGGGUUAAGUAGUUAGCUAUCCAUGUCCUACACAGCGGGUACCAUUAGUUUUGGACAAUUUAUAAAAUCUCUCUGUACUCAUCAGAACUACCUGUGUGCUGCUAAACAGUCCAGUAGACAUGCUUAUGUUGUUAGAAUACACUGAAUUUCGUCUUAAUGCACUGUGAAGUGUGGAGGCCAUGCUUGAAGGCCCAGAAAUAAAGGUUCAAUGUAAAAAAAAAAAGACAAAAAAGCAUAUCGGAAAGUGUAGGGUGUCUGAAGAAAACAGCCUAGGACAGACUGGUUUGCUACACACAGAAAACAUCUAACUAAUGACGAAGAACCAGUUUCUUUGGGUAUCAUCUUGCUACUAUAUCAGCCUUUCAGUUCCCAGCCUUCCUCUAAAUUGCCGCAUUCAGCAUUCACGGUGCCUGCUCCCAUAUUUAACGCUGAUGAUGGGAAGAAUAUUCCACGUCCAGCUUAAAUGACCCAUGGUCCUUGUGGUUUCAUUCCAAAAAUUUAAUUGAAGUUCAUCUGAAAGGAGAUUUUCAAGCAUUUCAAAAAAAGAAAAAAAAAAAAAUGACCUUUCACUUUACCAGUAGCCUGGAGGAACAAAAGAAGCAGAACAAAACGUUGAGACCCAGAGCAGAAUCUAGACAGCAGUGUGCUCUCUCUUCACUGACUAAAUAUACAAUUGUCUUCCUCUCAAUUUCUCAAUUUGGAACGCCAGGGAGAGUAAAUCUGAACCGAUUGGUAAGGAGACUUCUUUAUUCCCAUCUAACACCAUCAACCUUUCCUCACCUCUUCUCAACCCCUCUUUACUUCCGUGCACCUCCCAUUUUGACACAUCAACCCAGAGACCCCCUUCUCUCACAUCUCUCCAUGGGUGGCAAUGUCUGGUGCUGAAGUGCAUGUUUGCUUGCCCUUUCACAAAACAAUGACUCGACAGAAGAGAAGAUGUGACCUAGGUGUUGCUGUGUAGAGAGGAAAUGCUUGCACUAGACUCCACUGCAGGUCCACGCUUUGAAAAAGAGCCUGUGUGUAGCUGCCUAGUAAGAAAACUUGUCGGUUUUACUGAUGAGGGGUAAAUGCAGUUAGCGUAAAGCCUUUAGGAGAAUCUAUGAUGGCUUCGGCUGACAAGGAAACAGUUCCGCAUCUUGUUAAACACGCUAAUGACGCUACUUACUAAUUAUGCUAGCGGCUGCAGUAGACAGUAGCAUUCAUGUGUUUUCCAAAUGACUGAAGGCAAGGAUGAUUUGUGGCUGCCAUAGGUUCCAGUAAAGUGCGGCGAAAGUUGAGAAAACUGGAGUGCCUCCGCAUUUUAGAGUGCAUAUUCGUCCCACACAUAGAAUUCUAUACAUGCGUACAAACACACCGUCUUGUCACACAUCAUGGCCACCACAAAAAAAACACACGUGCACCCACAACUGCACUUACACACACACACACACUUACAUUUUUUUGCAGGAAAAAAAAAAGAGGAUGAAGGAAGAUUCAUUAAUUGCAGAGAAAUUUGAUUAGUAACUUUAAGAAAAAGCAAUUACUGUGAAAUUUUAAUGUGAACACUAAGAACAGGUGCCAUCAUAGUGUGCCUAGGAGCAGCUUCCUGUUUGCGUUUUUCUUUUCCUUUAUUUCAGUACUUAAAAUGCAUAUUCUGGGGGGCGUCUGCAUUUUUUUUCUGUUGUUGGUAACUGGGGAACUAGAUAAAAUGUGAUCAGUACUGGAAGCAAUAUACGUAGUAGCAUGUCGUCCUGUCUCGUCUUUUAUUCUGUCUGUGUAGGAGCUUUCGAUUUACCUAGGUGUUGAGUAGGUUUGCAUAUUUAAUAUUUUUUAAGUUGUGAAGAUGCUGCUAUUGAAUAAGUGACGUACUAAAAUUUAAGAUAAACAUAUCUGGUCAGUCGUUUAGCGAGGUGUGCUAGUUCUAAGAGGUGUAAUAAAUGCUACAUGAUAAGAUAAUUGCUAUAUUAAACAGAAUACAUGAACGUGCCAAAAUAGUUCUUUACAGAUUCAGCAACUGUAAAUGUGUGAUUUAAACACCUUUAGCUACAAGCAGACUUACUUUUAUAAGUUUAAAAAAAAAUGUGAAAAGUGCCAAACAAACCACAGUUAAGGUAUAACUAGCAAAGUGGCCGUUUUUAAAAGUAGUAGGAACAAACUAGAUGUUAGUGCUAUUAAGUUAAAGGUUUUCGGCCCCUCACGAACUAAUAUACGAGAGGAAAACGUGAUGAGGGAAUCAUCUUGCUCACCUGACAAAUGCAUAUAGUGCCAUGUGGCCAUUAAUGCUACAUCACUGGGGCUAGAAGACUGCCGUAGACUUAGGCUAGCAUGAGUUUAAUACGUUAUCAGCAUUCUUAAUACAGCCUUUUCUAGUUCUGAAAAUGUAUUUUGUGAAAAUAGAUGUUAUCUUUUUUUGCACGUCUAUAUUGCAUGAUAUCAAAAAGUAACGUGUGGAUUUAAAAAGAAAAAAACAAGAAAUGAAAAUCAUACAAAAAAAAAAGAGAGAAAACAUUAGGCAAUGUGCGUUCAUUUUGAGGACAAAUCUUUGCAUGCCAACACUAAGAGCAUUGGAGUUUUAUUUUACACACUCUGACCUGUCUUUUAGUUCUGCGAAGACUAAACUGAGAAGUUUUGUUGUCCAUCUGCAGGAACCAAAAUCAUUCAUACAUAAUCAUUGUGCAUUUCUCUUUGUUUGCAAUUUUGAAGUACAACAAUAUUUUCAGAGAAAAAAAAUGUCCAGAUGUGGUUGUGAUUUUUUUAAGAUAGCAAAAGCAACCUGAUUAAAAUUGGGUUUUAAAAACUAUUGUUUUCUUUCUCACUAAAACUGAGGUCUUGUCCUUGAAUGUACUCACCACUGCAUAACUUUGCAUAUCACUUUCAAUCAUGACUUUUAAAGCAUGAUGUGUUUUUGUAUAUUGUGUGCCAAUACUAACAUCUUUUAGGCUACAUUACGCCCAGUGCUUUCUUCAGUUUUUGCCACAUUAUAACUCACAUUAUGCUCGAACCCAUGAUUUUUGAUGAUACGCACUUUAUGAACCUUUUUCACCCCAAAUUCGAACUGACAGUGAAUGAGUUGUGAAAACGUAUCACCUGAGCCCUCUGUCUCUGCUGUUCAGAUUUUGUGACUUCCACACCCCAAAAGCUAUUCUGCUACGUGAAAUGUUUUAUAUGACAGGCUAGCCGCUAAUCUCCAUUAGUAAAUGAUAAAUGAUGAAUAAAUGAUGAGCGUUUUGAGUUUAUUGUCAAGGUGCCACAAAGACAAUGCCACAAUUUAGUUGAAACGUAAACAUAUUCCAAUUAUCUAAGCAAGCAAGAAAGCUAGCUUUCACAAAUUUUGACAGAAAUUGGAGAUGCACCUUAUUGACUUCUUUGAUAUUCAAGCAAAAAUCAAAAAAUGUUCCAAAAAGUGCAAAAAAACUUCUCUAUUAGGUCUAUACCAGUAUAUCAUUACAGUGCAUCCAGCCAUGCUUUGUAGAGUAUGACUAAGGCUUUUCUGUCUCUAUGCUUUUAGCAGCUUUAUGUGUGGACAUGUUGUGGCACUUCUCUGUCGGUGCUCUUGCACAAACAAAGCUCGUGUUUUGUUUCAUGUUACUAAGUUUGGCGGCUUUGUCACAUGCAGUAAAGAUUAAUGCAAAUUUUUAUGGUUUGUUCGAUGUUGAGAAGGUCAUUGCUUUUAAUGCGGGCAUAUUGCUAGAGCAUUGCACUUUUCCAACUCCAGUCCGGCCCCACCUGACCCUCUAAACAAGCCCUGGGGUCACUCUUAUGCUUGUAACCAUCAAAGCACCAGCAACGUUAGAACACAUUUGUCAUAUCACUGUUCUUUUCUCUCUUUUUAAUUUACCUGUUUUUUGUUUGUAUGACACUCUCUAACCUAGACCAAGUAUAACAAAAAUGUCAUUCAUAUGUAUCCUGUUUACUCUCCCUUUCCCCCUUUUGCACUUUUCACUGCCCCCUUUUUUCCAACCACUACCCACACUUCUGCCGAACCUCUCCCUCACACCCUCCCAGACUUUCUCCUGAGUGCCAAAUGACAACAGUACCAUUCCAAACGUUUUGAGUUCUCUUGUAUGUUGGACAUCCAUCGGACGCACCCAUGAAGCCAGCAUGUUACUCCAUAACAUGAUGUCAGUCAUGACGCCUCAACAUUACCCCCCAAAAAAAAAAAAAAAAAAAAAAUGCAACCAGUAAAAAGCGAGAUCUGGAUUAACACGGUAAAAGGCUGGCUACCUCUCAUAAACUGCUUUUCCUAAUUCUCUGCCAUCUCUUCAACCUCCAGGACAUCACUGAUUGUGUGCCAUAAUGUUGGGAGCACUUGUCACUCUCCUCACCCCCAAGUCUCUCCAUUUGAGUUUUUUUCGAUGGGAAAAAAAAAAAAAAAAAAAAAAAAUUCAUUUCGAUGACAGCUUUUUUUCUUUAACGUAGAAACAUGCUCAGAAAAAAAAGCUGAGGAGUGUAAACGUCAGCUGCGCAGCCAUCUUCUGUCUUCUGAACUUUGAACUUUUCACCCCUCAUGAACUUUAUUGACCUUCUUCCUUCCCUUCUGUGUUCAUCAACUGUUUGGACUUAAAAUCUCCAUUCCAUCUCCAAACCUUUUAGAGACUGUGCAAUUAUAGUUGAUAUGAUUGGAUUUCUUUCUCUUUUCUUUUUUUCUUUUUUUCUUUUUUUGUUAAACUCAUCAUUGGGGACAAUUCUCAGAGAUAAAGAAUAAAAGCAAAAGAAAAACAACAAAAAAAAAAUCUUUAAAAAAAAAGAAAAAAAAAGAUCCCAAUUGCUUCUCCACAACUUAAUUUUCUCUUUUCAUUGUAAAUAUUUUUGUCAGAAUUUGUCGAACUGUAACCAGAAGAGCGUUCAACAGAUUGGGGCUGGCAGCAUAAAAUCGGGUUUUGUGGAGUGCUUUAAGCGGCAUAGGAUAGACUUAAAGAUCAAUUAGUUUGAUAUUAAUGAAGCAUGCUAAAGCAACAUCCAUAAUUCUCGUUGUGAAUGGGACAGGUUACAUCUAAUAUUGAAAGAAAGAAAAAAAGAAAUGUAUGCACAGGCAAAAAGAUUUUGCUACCGCUUUCAAUCAUUAACCAUAACAGCUGCUUUGAAAGAGUUAAUCACUUUAACUGUCACAUUCUUGCUAAGAUUCAAGCUUCACUUGUGUAUCACAUCAAGCUAGUUUUGUGGUUUUAUCAUCUAUGAAAACUGCUUUGCAUAUCAAUCUCAUAUCAAGUACUGUUCACAUCGAAAAAUCCAUAUAUCAAAAACAUUUCUCGCAUUUUAAAACUCAUAGUCGACAUGUUUUGUGCUACUAACGGUUACUCCACGUGGAAUGAGGCAGGUUUCGCUUCGGAACUGAUACUAGUGGUGCAUAUCAGCUGUGUUGAGUGUAAACGGGUGUCCAUUAGAUGUGUUUGAUAGGAGCAUGAUUCUCACCGUGUCCCGUUUCCCUGCAGGGAAGAAAGAUCAAACCAUUUCCAUGAGUCAUAACCGAGCUUUGUGCUCCACAUCUAAUGUUUCUAUGCUGCCAGCUUUCUUUUCUGAUAACCCUUCAUGAACUUAUUUAUUUUCCAACUACUCUACAUAAUUAAUAAAUGACAACAACUAGAAAAAAAAGGGGAAUGACUGGAAAGAUGAAUUACUGUUUUGUUUUUUUUAGUAUUUUAGUGGUUUCUUUUAACACCAUUCAUUAACUGACUUAAAGAAAAGUAUUGAAUAUUUAAUGUAAUUGUAGCAUUGUGUUUGUAAAAAUAGUGAGUUGUGUUUCUUGACUUGUGGAUUACCAGUGAAGUCAGCAAUUUAGUGCUAAUAUAUAUUAAGUCGUUUUUUAAGAUUUUUUUUUGUUUUGUUUUUUUUCCGACAGCAACAACAGUCAUUAUAAAUGUUCAUUUUAGCAUCACCUGUCUUCUGUUGUCUUAUUCUUCACCUCCCACUACACUCAAACUCAUCAAGUAACACAUUGCAAGUUUGUGCCUGAAACCAUGUGCUCGGUCUUGGAGGGACCAUGAUGCAUGAUUGUGUGUGUGUAUGUGUGUGUGUGUGUGUGUGUGUACACGAGAAAGAGAGAGACAGAGAGAGAGAGAGAGAGAGAGAGAGUGUGUGGAUGAGACUGACAGGCUUGGAUGGAUGGAUGUUCUGUCCUCUGUUCACAAAAGCUAAAAUCUGUAGGGUUUCCAUUUACCAAUGGAACCUGCUGAUGUUAUAGCUGAAACCCAUCCUGUGAGCCUAGUUGAUUUUGAUCGUCCAUAACCUCCCGUUUCCUGACCACUCUCCACCACUACCUUCUCCCCUCCAAGUCAUUCCCUGCCACACACUCCACACCAUGUGAUGUUCUCAUUGAUAACAUAUUACUCGACCAAAUCCACCUUAACACUGUUCCCAUGAGGAGGUGGUUGCCAGUCAACCUUCCUCCCCUAAUCAUUCGCCACCAUUCUUUAUCGGCUGCCGGGGCCAGGUCCAACCUGACAAUUUUUAAAAGAAAAAGAAAAAAAAGUCAUUAAAAAAAGAAAGUAAAAUCCAGAGCAGUGAUUCUCAGGGUGUCUACGAUGAUCUACCUUACUUUGUGAUUUGACCGAAUCACAAUCCAGCUCUCCCUCAUGCUGUCUAAGGAGCCCAAAGACGAUUCAAAAUGUAUGAUUGCUUAUUAAGUCUUCGAAUGAUAAGAAUGAUUAUGCACCCGUCUAAUGGAGCAAAGCAAAAUGCUGUAAUGUUUACAACCUUACCGAGACCAACGCUGUUGAAAGAAUGUGUAGAAAUUAAACGCAGUUCUUUAAUAAUGAAGGGAAAAAAAAGAAAUUCCAAAAAUGACUUCGUUUUAAAUGAUUAUUUCUUUGUGACAUGGAGUAAUGUGAUAAUGACACAGUUUUAAACAUUGCAUGUUACUAUUUCUUUGCAAUGUCAAGUUUUUUUUUUAAUGUUAGAAUGGAUGGUACGGUGUAACGUUAGAGCUACAUUUAGUUGCUAAAAAAUAAAAUCCAUUGGUGUCA